UCUCUUUUCCUUUGUUUCCAAGAAAAUCCCUCAACAUCUUUAAACAGAAAAUGGAUACUAGUUCAAUAGGUGAAAGCACAACCAGUGAUUCUAUAUCUAUGGCACCAAUCUCCGCCGCCUCGACUUUGCCGGUGACAAAGUCGCCGGAGAGUCUUUGCCGUGUCGGAAGUGGCAGCAGUGCGAUUAUAGAUGCGGAGGUCGGUGUUGAAGCUGAGUCUAGGAAGCUCCCUUCUUCAAGAUUCAAAGGUGUAGUCCCUCAACCUAAUGGCAGGUGGGGUGCACAAAUCUAUGAAAAGCACCAAAGGGUUUGGUUAGGCACUUUCAAUGAAGAAGAUGAGGCAGCCAAGGCGUACGAUAUCGCGGCCCAAAGAUUUCGAGGCCGAGAUGCAGUCACAAACUUUAAACCAUUGUCGGAAACUGAAGAAGAUGACGUUGAAACAGCCUUCUUGAAUUCUCAUUCCAAGGCUGAGAUUGUCGACAUGUUAAGGAAACAUACAUACAGUGAUGAACUCGAACAAAGCAGGAAGAACUACGGCUUGUUCGACGGCAGUGGCCAAAGGAUCAUGAAUAAAGACGGCCUUUUCAGCUCAUUUGGUGGCGGCGAUAGGGCAGUGAAAUCCCGAGAACAGCUCUUCGAGAAGGCGGUAACUCCUAGCGACGUGGGGAAGCUCAACCGCCUGGUUAUUCCAAAACAACACGCCGAGAAACACUUCCCUUUAAAAAGUGGGAACAAUUCCAAAGGGGUGCUUUUAAAUUUCGAAGAUAUGGGUGGAAAAGUAUGGAGAUUUCGAUAUUCAUACUGGAACAGUAGCCAAAGCUACGUGUUAACAAAAGGAUGGAGUAGAUUUGUGAAGGAAAAGAACUUGAAGGCCGGUGACAUUGUGAGCUUUCAACGA